AGAUAUUGCUGGGUAUUUACUUACCUAUCUAUUUAUUACCUACGUGGUUCCCUAAUAAAGGAUAAUAGCGGUAUAAAAUGUCUGUCUCUUGAGAGUUAAACGAUGGGAGAAAUCCUUAGAUUCCUUCGGCAAUAAUAACCACGUUUUGUGAUACAUAAUUCAAAAUCAUUGAAGGUGAAUGAAUUGGUACGAAAAAGCACAAGAAGUUGAUCAAAUCUAGGACAGCUCACUUACAAUCUAAUUCUGAAAGAACUUUGGUUACCGAACCUCUAGCAAGAAGAUUAUACCGGACACAUCCUGGAAUACCUAGUACCUACAAAAUAAGAAAUUGGAAUCCCGUCCUUCAGUCCUUAAUAAUAAACAAUAAUUCAAAAUGUCGAUAAACUUGGACGAGCCCAAGUAUGACCAGAAGACCUACUGGGGACGCGCUAAACAUUUUAUACUUCUCACCAACCCAUUAAACGCGUUUGCGUCAGAAAAGUCACUCAAUGAAGCGAAGAGAGUCGUGAAUGAGUACAGGAGAACAAGGUCAAUGCCAGCAGGAUAUAAUGAAGAGAAACUAUGGGCUGCUAAAUAUUUGUACGACAGCGCAUUCCACCCUGACACAGGCGAAAAGAUGAUCAGAAUCGGCCGUAUGUCCGCACAGGCGCCUAUGAACACACUCAUCACAGGAUGUAUGAUAACUUUCUACAAGACAAGGCCAGCUAUUAUAUUCUGGCAGUGGGCCAAUCAGACGUUUAACGCCUUGGUCAACUACACUAACCGAUCUGGUGAUGCAGUUUUAAGUCCUGCGCAGUUGCUGGCGUCUUAUUGCGCGGCCUGCAGCGGUGCGCUCACCACUGCAUUGUACCUCAACAGUAAAGUUAAGGGCAUGAACCCUCUCUACGCGCGGUUGGUGCCCUUCGCAGCUGUGUGCGGUGCUAACUUUAUCAAUAUCCCCAUGAUGAGGAGCAAUGAAAUAAUGAACGGUACGCCGGUGUUCACCCCGGACGGUCAAAGGGUUGGAGACUCGAAGGUCGCAGCGGUGACUGGCAUCCUCCUAGUCUGCGUAUCUAGAGUGGGCAUGGCUCUACCUGGAAUGACCCUGGUGCCCAUUUUAUCACAGAUGGCAAUCAAGAAGAAAAUGUUCAGCGCGAGUUCGAUGGCCAUCAUUCCCUUCCAGUUGUCCCUGGUGUGUCUUUGUGUCACGUUUGCCACGCCUCUCGGCUGCGCCUUCUUCGAACAGAAAGCUAACAUCAGUAUCCACUCUAUUGAGGCACCCUUAAAGGCAAAAGCUUUACAACUAUCUCCAAAGACGGACACAGUGUUUUACAACAAGGGUUUGUAAGAAUUGUAAGCAGCUUUAGAGAUAUCCUUAUAGUUCUUAUUUGCUCUGAUGGUUUUAGUAAUGACGUUAUGGGUCAGUGUCUCAUAUGAUGUCAUCCACUUUACGCAGGUUAUUAUAUCGUAAAGAUGGAUUCAUUAUUUGCGAUUUAUUUGAAAUCGGCUACAAAAUGGUAGGGUUAUAUCACAUUCUCAUGUAAACCUUAGUUUAAUGUUGGGUGAUAUUAUUUUGAAAAAAUCUACAGCAAUGGUGUUUCAACACAUGUUAUCUAUUUCAAUUAUAAUACAUUAUGAUAAUAUGUAUUAUAAAGUUGUGCAUACGAAAUUAUGAGCAAGAUGGGUCUGCGCAUUAUAGGCAAGAUGGUGUUAGUAACCACUGAAAUUUAUAUUUUAAAUUAUGAAAAUUAUAAAUCCCUUCAUUUUGUGCCCCUAAUCGAUUUAUUCUCGUACCUUAAUGGAUUUUGUCGAUCAGUUAGAUAAUUUAAUCGAUUUUUUACUCGACUUUAUCAUCACCACAUUUCUAGUGAAACUUCAAUUCAAAUGCCAAACGUCAUUACAAUACCCAACAGAUCGUAAAAAGACUAUAUAUAGUGACUUAUAUUAUGCUGGUAGUGUCCUCAGUACUUAUUCUGCAAUGGAGUCGAUAUACAAGCUUAAUAGUCAAGUUCAGAAGACUUAGGAAUUGUUUUAGCUACGAUGCUAGCAAAUAGCAUAAACGAUAGUCCACUAGAAUACAAAUGUCAAUGUAUGGGAUUACCUACCUAGGUUUUGACAUUAUUUUUCUUGUCAAUGUCAAUCCUAUUAUUCUAUACAUUGACUUUGCUAUUCUUUUUAAUUUCAACUGCAUUAUUUUUGCUACUAGCAUUAACCGCUGUGUUACUUAGACCAGGUGAUAGAAUCUCCCCACAGCGUUACCAUUCCAUUUGUUUACAAACCUAUGGUCGUAGAGUUAAACGUAAAAUUGCAAUUUAGAAAUGUCAAUUUUAGAAGUUAUUAACAUUAGGUUUGUUUUUGAAUGACAAACUGUAAUGGUCUAUAGACAUUGUUAGUUAUUGAAUCUGCAUCUAAUGACGUUGAUACGUUCCUGAGUUCAAAAUGAUAAUUAAAAUGUAGUUAAAGGUUUUUGUUAAUGUUUUUAAGAACUUUAAAACCAUGUUAUUAUAUUUAUUUUUUAUUAUUUUCAAUGUUAGAUACUAAAUUGUGUGGAAUGGUCUAAGUCAAGUAAGUUGGUAUUAGGUACUUACGUUUAUGCCAAGUAUAGUUCGUCUGGUGAGAGUAUUUCAGAGAAAUGGUUAUUUUUGAAAAAUGCUAUUUGUAUGAUAAUUUUUAAGGCUACAUGCGUUUUGUGUGGAAUAUAAUAAUGUCUAAAUCGCCUUUUCUAUUUUAUGUUAGGCUUUAGACCACAGAACAUAUAAAGAAGGCUAGAAAGGAAAUAGUUCCUGAUUUGUAUUAGAACACGCGUCGCCGUUUG